UCUCUCUCUCACACACACACACACACACACACACACACCCCAAAAUCCAAGCAUGCCAUCAGGUGCAAAGAAGAGGAAAGCUGCAAAGAGAAAGAAGGAAUUGGGUUUCCGUCUCCAUUCAAAUCUCAGAUCUCAUCAAGGAAAUGGUCGAUUGAAUGAUAAUGGUGGUGAAGAUCAACUCACCAACCACAUCCUCCAAGAAACCGAUACUGCAAUAGAUUCUUCUCAAUCUUCCAUCGUAGAUAAAGCAGUCUAUAUAUUGCAAAACGGCCACAACAAUGGCCCCAAUGGAGAAAUAGACAGUAACCAGAAAGAGUAUAUUCAAGCAGUUAGAGAAUUCACUGCCGAUUCGUCUUGUGAGGAUGUGAGUUCAGAAGAAGGGUCCCGAUCUGUUGAGAAUCUGUCGGAGAAGGAAUUGCCUGACUCAUCGCCUGAUGAUGUUUCUGUUAUUGAUCCGUCGGUUGAUUCAAUUGAGCAGCAUGUUUCUUUGUCAGAAGAACUGGAUCGAGUCAUAGAAUCUGACCUAGUUGAGAAUUCCAUAGUAAGUGAAGAGAAAAUGAUGUUGUUGUUAGAUACUCUGAGUGAGAAGCCCAGAUCUGGUGGUGAAUGCGGCAAAGCGUGCGAAAAUCCUGUGAGCUUGGAAAAUGAGGUGUGUCCCAAUGAGGUGAGUUCAGAAGAAGUGUCCCAAUCUGUUGAGAAUCUGUCGGAGAAGGAAUUGCCUGAAUCACUGCCGGAUGAUGUUUCUGUUAUUGAUCCGUCGUUUGGUUCAAUCAAGCAGCAUGUUUCUUUGUCAGAAGAACCAGAUCGAGUCAUAGAAUCUAGCCUAAUUGAGAAUUCCAUGGAUAGCAAAGAGAAAAUGACAUUGUUGUUAGAUAAUCUGAGUGAGAAGCCUAGAUCUGAUGGUGAAUGCUGCAAAGAGUGCGAGAAUCCUGUGGACUUGGAAAAUGAGGUGUGUUUAAAUGAGGUGAGAUCAGAAGAAGAGUCCCAAUCCAUUGAGAAUCUGUCGGAGAAGGAAUUGCCUGAAUCACUGCCUGGUGAUGUUUCUAUUAUUGAUCCGUCAGUUGGUUCAAUUGAGCAGCAUGUUUCUUUGUCAGAAAAACCAGAUCAAGUCAUAAAAUCUGGCCUAAUUGAGAAUUCCAUGGUUAGUGAAGAGAAAAUGGCUUCAUUGUUAGAUACUCUGGGUGAGAAGCCUAGAGCUGGGGGUGAAUGCUGCAAAGAGUGCGAUAAUCCUGCCAGCUUGGAAAAUGAGAUUGCUUCAGAUCCACCAUUGGUGCGGCGGAGUCCGUGGAUGAAUUGCUGUGGAUUGUUCGCCCUUUUGACAGACUCCCACAGAUGAAUUCUAGCUUACACUACCUUCUACGAUGCAGAAACAGGACACAGUGAUGAUGGGAGAUUGGUAAGGAAGAUAGACAAUGGAGAUGUCAUAGCGCAGCUGGUAGCAAAAGUUCAGAUAUUUCGAAUAAGAUUGAUUCACAAUCAUGGUGAUGUUUGAGUUGUUGUUGUUUUUUUUUUUUUUUUCCUCUUUCUUUUAUUUUUCCGGCAUGCAGCCAGCAAUGAACCUGAGUAACUAGUAUUUUAUUUCAGUCGGGAUUUUUGCUGGUGCAGGUGAUCAGAUCAGCAUCUAUGAUUGUAGUUGCUGGACGAUGUUUAGGGAUUAAUGUUGUUUGGCAAGAAAGAUGACUUGUUUUUCUCAGGGUGGUAGGUUGUGUUUGCAGUUUUGAGGUGAAAUUGGGUUACAUGACAAGUGGAGAAAUGGAAAUGUGUGUCAUGGAGGAUUAUAUGCAAUGUGGAAUUUCCAUCUGA